AUGGAGCAAUUCAACACUGAGAUGGACAAGCUCAGGAAGGAGUACAAUUAUCAUCUUGUGGAAUGGUUUUCCAACCUCAGGAAUAUCCUGACUCUGGAGAAAUUCUCUUUGAGUCCUAAGGUGGUGGCUCUGACAGCUGAGAUGGCUGACAUCAAGGUGAAGCUCAGGUGCUCUCAGGGACAGUUUGUGGACAUGCUGCAGAAGUACUACACUCAGCAGUUGGUUCAGCUUGAGGAUCCUGAUGCUGUGCCUGAUUGGGUGAUGCUCAGUUUCAGGAAUGAACUCAGUCAGAUCUUCAAAGACUUCAAGGGUUACCCAAAGAUCACUCAGGGGCAAUGGAUUAGGACUGCCAAUGAUGCUCAGGGCUAUGUCAAGUCUGAGCUCCAAAAGCUGAACAUCAAUGAGAUUGACAAGCUCCUGGACAACUCAGAAUCAGAUCAGAAGCUCAGUGACUUGGACAAUGUACCUGACCUGAUUGAGGACAUGAAGUCCAAGAUUCUUCUACUUGAGCAGGCACUUGAAUCUCAGGAGCUCACAAUGCUUAGGCUCAGGAAAUAUGCUAAGAACAUGGAAGAGGAGCAAGGUGAGCUCAGGGCUUUGCAUGCUGAGCUUCAACUCUCAGUGAAAAGAUCUCAGUCCUACUGGGAGCAGAAGCUGUCUCAGGAUCUUGUGAAUAAGGACGCUCUGAGAAAGUUCAUGGAAACUCAUCAAAUGAGUGAACUAGAUCUCAGGCAGCUGAUGCAAAAGUCUCCUCAGAUUGAUCACAAGCCUCAGGACUCAGUGAAGGAAGUUGUGGAUGUAUAA